AUGGCUGCUCCCAAAGUCCUUGACACGAUGACUCGCGGAGUGAUGGACAAGCCUGAGCUGUACGGCAGGUACAGCGGUCCCAUCGAGGCGGCGGCGGCCAGGGCGCUGGACGAGGUGUGGCCGCUGCUGCGCUGGAGCAGGCCCGCGCUGCCCAUCCUGGACAUCGGCUGUGGACCUGGGGACGUGGCUGCCAAGGUGUUGGCGCCGUGGCUGCCGCGUGGUACCAAGAUCGUGGCGUGCGACCUCAGCGCCGAGAUGCUGCGCUACGCGCAGGCCAACAACUCGCUGCCCGGCGUCGUGGCGUACGAGCGCCUCGACGUGACGGACGCGCUGCAGCUGGAGCAGAGCGGCGUGUGGCGGCGGGGGCCCUACUCCAAGGCAUUCGUCUUCCUGCUGCUCCAUUGGCUGCCCGACAACAGGCUCGCCCUUGGAAACAUCUACAAGCUUCUGGCACCUGGCGGGGAGGCCCUCUUCACGAUAAUCACAAAAAUUUGCUUAUACGAGGCGUAUGAGAAGAUGUCGCAAGAUCCGCGCUGGGAGCCGUACAUGAAGGACUGGCGGAACUUCGUGUCUCCUUACUGUCGCUCACAGGACGCUGCCAAAGAUUUCCAAGAGCUGCUCCAGAGCGAGGGCUUCGAAGUGUUGUACUGUUCCGUGAGGCCUGAGGCGCUCGCCUUCGCUUCAGAGGAGCAGAUAAGAGUUGUGCUGAAGUCGGUGAAUCCGUUCGUGAACCGAGUACCUGAGGACCAUAGAGCUGAGUUCCUGGGAGAGGUCUUCCAGCGCUUCUGCCGGAUGAAUGGGAUGACAAAGGACGUGGAUCCCAUGACGAGGGAGACCAAGUACAACUACAACUACAUGUCGAUGACGGCUUUGGCAAGAAAAGCCGCCAAACUUUGCAUCUGA